AUAAGUGCCAGGACUGUAAUGCUGUCAUUGCCACAGCGCGCCGGAGCCGAGGCUACCUCUCCCUGAAGCUGUCUCCUGCAGACAUCAAGGGCAGCCAAGCAGCUGCGGAGCCUCCGCUCUCAGAGCGGGGCUGCGUCGAGGAUCGGCGGUGAGCCGGCCGCAGAGGCUACCUUCCCGGCUCGGCUUCCCCGAACCUCGCGGACACGCUCGUGGCAUAAAGAGGAGAAGGACUAAGCUUUGGCCGUUUCCCCAGCGGUGGCGGAGGCGGCGUCGUCGAGGGAAGAGCGGAGCCGAUCGCUCGCUGGAUCGGGGCAUCAACAGGGUCGCUCCUGCCACUCGGGGCUUCGCCAGGGCCCUCCCGGGCCCUGGAAAGAGCCGUGAGCUCUCCUUCAGACCUUAGCGGCGUCUGAUCGCCGCGCCGUCGUCUGCACGCAGCAGCGCUCUCCUGGCUCUCCGCUUCCUAGACAAAGCCUCGACCAGUUUGGGAACCAUGGCUCUGCCCCAGGACCUCGGGAAUUCCUCCACCCAUUUCCCAGUGGGCCCGAGCAACAGCAGCACGUACGUCCGAGACUGUGGCAGUGCGGGGAACGCGAGCAUCAGCGAUGGCACCAUCAGCACCGUCAGCAGUGCCAACGACGGUGGCGGCAGCGGCGGCGGCGGCAGCGGCAGCGGCAGCAGCGGCGGCGGCGGCGGCGGCGGCGGCGGCAGCAGCCUGGACCACUCUCUGGUCAGCCUCUUCCACUGCAUCAUCCGGAUCUCGGUUCUCUGCUCCUUCAUCUGCGUGUCCCUCCUGAGUAACAGCAUGCUGCUGCUGGUGUUCCGCCGGAAGCCUCCGCUCCUGCAGGUGGCCAACCGCUUCAUCCUCAAUCUCCUCAUCGCAGAUCUGCUCCAGACGGCCGUGGUGAUGCCCUGGGUGGUGGCAGGCUCUCUGCCUUCCUUCUGGCCCCUGAGCGACCAUCUCUGCACUGCCAUGGUGACCCUGAUGCACCUCUUCGCCUAUGCCUCCAUCAACACUAUCGUGCUGGUGUCCGUGGACAGGUACCUGUCCAUCAUCUACCCUCUGUCCUAUCCCAACAAGAUGACAACCCUCUGGGGAGCCAUGUUCAUCCUGGCCACCUGGCUGGUGAGCCUGAUUCAGAGCACCCCACCUGCCUUCGGCUGGGGGGACAUCGGCUUUGACCGGGACAGCUCUCUGUGCCUCAUCCUCUGGAAUUCCAGCGCCUCCUACACGGCCCUGAACAUCCUGCUGUCCUUCCUCUUCCCGGGGGCCAUCCUGGUGGCCUGCUACGGGAUGGUGUUCCGAGCAGCCCGAAGGCAGAACGCCUUAGUGCAUCCCAUGAGGCCCCGCAUCCCGGAACCCGUGGAGUCGAGCACUGUGGUGGUGGAACAGGGGAGCGACGUGGAGGAGGAAGACGAUGUGGACCGCAAGGACCCAAAACCUUCCUUCCACAUGAUCCCCCGGAGGCGCCUCUUCAAGCCCAGCCCAUACCACUGCAAGGCUGCCCGAGUGAUCUUUGUCAUCAUCACCUCCUUCAUCCUGUGCAUGGGCCCCUACUGCGUGCUGGCUAUCGUCUCCUCCGUGGUGGGCCCAGCACACCCAUGGGUCAACACCUGGGUCUUCCUGCUGUUUUUCCUGCAGUGCUGCCUCCACCCUUACACCUACGGUUACAUGCACAAGAGCAUCAAGAAGGAACUGGCCUUUCUGUUGCUGCGGCUCUUCUGCAGAGGGCCAAUCGGGCAGAACUCCAGCAUGGACAACAACUUCCCCAUGGCCGACAGCAGGACUUUCCACUCCCACUACUCUGUGGCUUCAGCCUGGAAAGCCUAGACGGGCAUCCAGGCGGCUGGCACCAGAGAUCACUAGAGAGAGCAUUUCUCUGGGCCAUCCAGUCACAGGCAAAGACUGACGAGCAGUCAUUUCCUCUGUAAAUUAGUAGAUUAGAAAUGGAGGGGCCAGGCAGGGACUCCAUGCUAUGAGCCAAGAACUCUUGGGACUCUGAGCAGAACCUUCUCUCCUCCCCUCCAGACCCUCCAACCUCCCCCCCCCACCUCUGAGAUAUUUAAGCACCAAAUUCCAAGAACUCUAUCAUCACACUCUCCACCCUAGAACUGUGCUCAGGAUUUUCACCUACCCCUGGAGCUACAGCUACCGUGUCUGCCCAGGUUCCCUUAAAGGAACUUGGGUGGAAACACGGCACUUUUAGUAGCCAGGACCACAGUGGGCAGGGACUCCAGAUGUGAUAGUCACCUGCCACAUGAACGUAGGGAAAAUGACUCAAGAAACCCAGGUGAACUUUCCUUUCCAGGGUUUUUGAGAUCAGCCACAUGGUCCAACCAUGGAAGAAGGCAACUGCCAUCGCCGAAGGCUCAGUGAUGGACAGAAUGUCAGGAGGGGUUUCCAAAGUUCUGGCAGCGGCACAGAGAGUGGCCAAAGAUCCCAGGACAUAUGUGAAAUGGGAGUCUUGGCCACUGCAAAGGGGGAGGGAGGGAGGGAAGCACACCAUCAGCUCUCAUUUACUGUCAACUCCUGUUUUUGUAGGAUGGAGAAGGCUACAUGGGAAAUCAGGAGACUCGCCCCAGUGGGCAUUAUUGACAAAUAUCUCCUAUUUCCUAUUGGAGUGAUGUCGGAAAGGGAAACACUCUGGUGUUUCCCCUUUCCUCCUCCUUUAACGGACUUCUAGGCACAAAAACAGGAUUGUAAAAUAAGCAUGUGUUCAAUUUUCUCUGCCUGUUCCUUCUGUUUCAGAAAACAGGCACUUCUGCUAAGGCAUUCCUUGAGGUGAACUGGACAGGGCCAAGGUCCUGCAUUGUUGGCACUGCCCACAGGAGCGACGCCUCUCCUUAGAAAGCAUGGUUCGGUGACAGCCGUCACACAUAGGAACUAAGAGAGGCAAAGCGGCCGGCAGCAGUGGGAAACCAACUCUUGGGAUGCCCAAUGGUCCCAAAGGGGACGCAGAGACUGCUUCCAUGCAGCCCCAGCUGUUUUUCUUCCUCCUGCAGAGCUUCUAAUAGCCUCCGAGCUCCCAGCAGGUAAGGGAGAGAGAGAGAGGAGGGAGUCUGAAAAGACUUUGGAGAGGAAAGUAUGACACUCCCUGGUGAGUAACUAAUGUUAUAGCACCACAUAGAUGGUAUGCUUAGCAAAUUUGCAGCUGCCACAAAACUCUGAGAACCAACAUGUUGUAGAGCAAAGUCAGGAUAGGAGAAGAUCCUGACACACUCGAAAAGAUGGGUCUGAAUCCAAUCUGGGGAACUGUUGUAGAGAUUCAUAGAGAUUCUUACACUUGAACUCAAAAAAUCCCCUCUAAGAACAAGAGGGGAAGGGAGGCUAACCAACAGUUCCAGAAAUGACAGGGGGAUUUCAGUGGACUCUAAGCUUAACAUGAGCUUAGGACAGUGGGACGUGGCAAUUCAAAUUUCCCCCAUGAGCUUGGGCUACAUCAAGCUCUAGGGGCAACAUUUAGGACCCCAGGAGUGAUCCUUCUGCUGUCCUCUGCCCUGCUCAAACCACAUCUGGAGCAGUUUGAGGAGGGGGGCACACUUUAAUAAGCCACUGAUAAGUCCGAGGGCACCCAGAGGAGGCCAAUGGCUUCCAGAUGACGCCGUAACAAGCCUGGUUGAAGGUACCAGAAAUGUAUUGGAAGGGAUGUCACCCAGAAGGGGGAUCGUUAGCUUCGUUCUGCUUAGCCCCAGAGAGCAGAACUGAGAGCAAAUGGGUUGAUAUUUACUGCCCCACCAUGUUCUGUUCCCAAUUCAAUCUAGAAAUCAAGCUGUUCCAUUCAAACGUAGCCUGAAUAUUUCUGUCAGAAAAGGAGGGGGCUUUGGGGAAACCCUGACAAAAUAUCUUUAUGUUCCAUUGGGUUACUAGAGAAGAACAUCAUGUCACAUAGAGCAGGAAAUAACCAAACCCUUUUGGCUAAGGCUAUAUACAUCGGGGUCCCUAUUCUGAUUACGGAAGCUAGAUCUCCCCGAGGUAAAACAGACACUCGGAUGGUUGAUCUGAUCGUCCAGUCCCCUAUAACCAUGUCAAACAAACUGUGAAGCCAAAUAAGUUGGGGGGUGCAAAAACAUAAAAAUUACGGUCAAUUCCAGGGUCCCAAAAUAGACGAGGCAAUAUUGACAACCUUGAACCCCAUCUUUUUGAGAUCCUGAUAUCCCAUUAGAACUCCUAGGAUCUCAAGCAUUUUCAGAGACUUCUAUCUAUUCCUCCUCACUGAAUGUGACAAGAGCUCUUGGGGGAAGAAGCUAAAUAGCUCUCUAGCUAGGCUGAGAAUAGCUGGAGGGUCCAGUUGUCAGUGGUCAGCAUCUGGAGGGAAAGAACAAAAUAGCAUUUAGCUAACCGGACCCGAGCCUGUCGUAUAGAUCCAUCCAGGAAAGCUGGCUUAAUUCGGGAUCUGUGAUCACAUGCAUAGGGCAGGAUGUACACUGAAGUUCAUGGAUUUUUUAAAGCUAAAAAAAAGGAACAGUAUUGUAUCUGCUCCAGUUCCUAAAGGUAUGGCCAUCUUGGUCUUUUAUCUGCCCGUCCCCAAAAGGUACUUGAGGGAAUCAGUGGCCCCAAUGACCCAUCUUUUAAUCAGAGGAGAAAGAGACUGGAUUUGGGCUCAAAUCUCAGCUUCUCCUCUUUGGAGCGGUGUGACCUUGGGCAAGUCACUCAAGUUUUCUGAAGCCCCAGUUUCCUCAUCUGUAAAAUGGGGGGGUUGGACUGGAUAACCUGGGAGGUCCCAUCCAACCCAAGAUAGGGAUUCUGUGAUUUCAAAGCUGUUUCUAGUAUUUAAGGCUGUUCUCGGUUGACUAUAUUUUGGCUAGAGAGUACCCAGUUAGGCAGAUUGUAUUGUAAUCACAUUCUUUUUUAUUUUUUUUAUUAUUUUUUUAUUUAUUUAAAAUUUAUUUAUGUAAUCACAUUCUUAAGGCAUUUGUUGAAAUUGAGCCACUUGUUAUUUUAAAAACUCAACUGCCAAAAACCAUUUCAGAAAAAAAUGUUUUGCCUGCUUCCCUCCGGUCUCUCCUCUUUCUCUCCCUUUUCUUUCUCUCCUUUCUCUCAGCCACCUCUCUCUUCCUUUCUCUCCCCAGCCACUAUUCCCUCCUUUUCUCCUGCCUCUCUCCCCCUCUCUUCUCUCUUUUCCUUCUCUCUCUCCCUCCUUCCCUUUUUUCUCUCUUCCCCUUUUUCCUCUCCCCUACCUCUUUCUUUUCCUUCUCUCCCCUGCCUGUCUCUCCCUCCUCUCUCCCAUUCUCUCUUCUCUUCCUCCUUUCUCCCAGCCCCUCUUCCCUGUCUUUUUCUUUCCCCCUCUAUUUUCCCACCUCCUUAUUUCAAGGCUGACCAUAGCUAGCCAUUAAUCGACAUUGCCUGUCUUGCUUUACCAGACUGCUCUCAAUUCAAAAUCAAAUUCCCAUCCUUCGAACCCUUUGGGGUCCAUUUCACAGUGCACCUGCCAUUCUCAGAUCGUGUUGAAAUCCAGCAAUUUAAUUUUCGAAUACCUCUUUCCCCCAUAAUCUUAUUCGGCUUUCAUUCUUUUGGUAAAUAAUUUUUAAUUAUGGGAAAGAUGUAUAUCACAGAUCUUUUGAUGGAAGCAAAGACCUUUUUCGGUGUGAGAAGCUAAGAAAAAGGACCUUUGAUCUGAUAAGAUUCAGCUUUGCUGCCAUUUUUUAUUACAGAACAAUUAUGUGCUAACUCCAAUAAAAGCACUAAAUUAGGAAGUCAAUUGGCACACGAUAUUCUGUCAUUUGAAAAUAGGUGAGCACAAGAGAAAAAGUUAGUUAGCCUCCCAGGCAUUUAUGAGGCAGCUAGUAUAUUGGAUAGAGUACUGAAUCUGAAGGUCUGGGGCUCCUGAAUGAAAUGCAGGCUCUGCCAAUUUACUAGCUAUGUGACCUUGGGCAAGUCACUGUGCCUCUGUGGGCCUCAGUUUCCUCAUCUGUAAAAUGAGGGGGUUGGAACAGAUAGCCUCCAAGAUCUCUUCCAACCCUCAAUCCAUCAUGCUAUAUGUCUCUUGAUUUUAUGCCAUUAGAAGAUUGGCUGACAGAUGUUUACCUUGAGAAGUUAAGAUUUGAGUAAAGGAGGGGGUGCUGCCCCCCCAAAUGCCAGAUGGGAGAGGGAUUAGAGUCAUUCUAGUUGGCUCCAGGGGAACUAGGAACAUUGUGAGAGUUUGAUGGUAAGGAAGAUUUUCCUGGCAAAGCUCUUCCAGAGUGGGAUGGUAUACCUAGGCAGGUAAUGAGCUCCCCAUUCCUAGAGGAGCUUCAAGCAAAGGCUAGCUAGCUAUCCCCUUAUCUCCUGAGGAUGCUGGGGAAGGGAUUCUUAUUCAAGAAGUUGCAAUUGGUGACCUCUGAGGUCCCUUCCGGCCUCCAGAUUCUUUGAGUCUGAAUAAUGGCUUUCUUUUUUUUCAGCCUUUUGUGAGUCUACGUAAUGACUUUCUUUCUUUGAUUUUUAAAAGGCUUUUGUGAGUCCAUAUAACGACUUUCUUUUUUGUUUAAGGCUUUUGUGGUUCUGUAUAAUAACUUUUUGAAGGCUUCAUAUUUUGGCUUCUUAGGACAUUUAAACAUCUCAUUAGUUCCAAAUAUAGGAAGUAGAAUAGAUGUUAAAAUGAUUUUAUUUAGGAUUAUGAAUUUAAUAAAAAAUAGUAGAGCAUCUAGUUUGCCUGGGUAUAAGAGCCGCUUUGACGCACAAGCUAUCUAAAAAUGCUUGGAAAAACAGUUGCGUCCCUACUUAAAGAGAUGAGGGACCCUCUGUUGGGGCUUAGAGCCCCCAAGUUUCCCUUUCCUCCCUAUCCCUUUAACAGCAGUGGCUGGUGCUUUUGGCCUCUUCAUACAUCCUCAUUGGCGACUUGCCUUCCCACAUUUACCUGCCUGCCUAAACAGCCUAAACUCCCUUUCCCUGAACCCAGGACCAGCUAGGUAUUCACAGAAAUUCCAGGCGAACCCCAAGGGACCCUGGAGCUGAGGAACUAACCUCCAGCUGACUGUCAGAUCUGCUAGCCCAGGACCUUUCCGGUAAGUGAAAAUAGAGGGAGACAGGAAGAAGGAUGAGGACAGGGGGACGGAAAGGCAAUUAAGUGACUGGAGGCGAGGUAAAGGACUUCUCAGCAACCUAGGUUUCCAGGUCACCAAAAAAAGGCAUGUGGCUAUCCUUUGAUGUCACAAGGGCUUGGAAGGAGUUUGAGAAAGUGAAUUAUGGUUCUUUUCCUCCGAUUCUGAGAAUAAUAACCAUCAUCAUCACCCUCCCAUUUCUACAGCAUCUAGGGACUUACAAAGCUUUUUCUUCACUAUAAGCAUGAAACCUCUCAUAUAAGUGUUAGUCCCAUUUUAGAGAUUGGGAAGUUAAGAUUCAGAGAGAAAUGAAACUGUCUGCUCAAGCUGAAAUAAUGCUUCCAGUUAGAUGUGAGCAACACAUUUAGAUGGCACUGAAAGCUGAAGCUUGCUGGCUUCUCUGUGGCCCAGUAUGGGAGAGAUGUGGAAAUCCAUCUCUUUUUGGGUCCUAUUCAUAUCCUGCUAUGGUGGGCCUUAGGUGCUCGACAUCUCCCCCACCCACAGUGAAAAAGAUUGGACCAUCUCUUUGGCCAAAGAUUGACGUAUGAGGGUAGAAACUGAACUCUUCCCCCCUUUGUUCAUCCAAAAAUGCUAUCUUUACAAUUAUAAAAGUCAUCGUUAGAUGACCAAGAGUCUCAUUGAAAUGAUUGGACUAACCUUUUUUUCCAGUUCUGGAUUUGGAGUCAAAGGCUUUGGCUUCCAAUCCCAUCUCCACUAAGGUUACCUUUGUGACCUUGGUCGGGUUAUUUCCCUUCUGGGGCCUCAGGUCCCUCGUCUGUGAGAUAAGGGGGUUGGAUAAAAUGUUAUCUCCGAUCUCUCUAGCUUGGUAAUUCGUCUAAAUUUGCCGGCCAUCUCUUGGAGAUGUUUACUGCUUGGAGUGGAGACAUUAUGAUAAUGAGUGUGACUAAAGGUAAAAUUCUCAAUAUGAAACAAAGAUGGCGCUAAUACAACUAGAGUUAAGGCUCGAUAGCCUUCCCCCCACCCAAUGCACAUUUUGAGAUGCAAAAUAUCAAAAAAUAUUUCCCCUCAUGCUUGGUUUUUUUUUUUUGCUUUGAAAUAGCAGCCCUGCUGCCAAGAGGGAAUACUCCAACAAAAUGUGUUUUCUUCCUUGUUUGAGCAAAGGCUUAAAGGAGCCUCUCAGCUGCUUACCACUUGCUGAGAUGGCAGAGGGGGGCCGCUAAUCACUGGCUCACACAGCCCACUCCACUUUGGGGGGUUCCCACUUAAGCCUGGGGCUGGGUGGUGGGCAGGUGAGGCUCAGGAUUGGUUCUGAUGGUCAAUCAAAAAUCACUGGCUCCCCCAUCCCUGCCAUCUUUUAGAAUCCCAGGAAAUAUGGGAACUCCUAGUCGUUCAAGGUUUGCUUGGUCCAACGGUUACUGAACAUCUCUUUGUCUAGAAGGUUGAAGGAAGCCAACGAGAUGGCUUUUAAUUGGGGCUUUAUUGUUUCUCUAUGCGAGAGACAGCAUGAUACAGGAGAAUGGCAAAGCCUUGGAAGCAAGAAGACCUGGGUUCAAAUCCUAUCUCCUGAUAUCACUCAUCACUUGCUAGCUAUAUAUCCUUAAGCAAGUAACUACUUAGCCCCUAAGCCUGUGUCCUUCUCCGUAGAAUAGGGGUAUCGCAUGUAGCAUCCCCUUCCGGGGGGGUGCUGUGAAACCCAAACAAGCUAAUGUAUAUAAUAUGCCGCUUUGCAAACCUUAACACUAUAUAAAUGUUAAUUAUUAUUAAUAUUAAUAUUAUUCCUAUUACUAUUGUUAUUGUAAAUGUUCUUUGACAACGAAGGUGCUAAAUAUUAGUCUGUGUCCGUGUAGCUAGUCGCUUUCUUAUAUGGGCAGUGUAUACGCAUCGUGCUAGAAAGGGAACUCCUGAAAGAGGGGAGGAUUCAAUCAUUUCUCAAUUUCUGGAGUAGAACAGCUCAGUUGUUUUUCUUAUGGGUACAGAACAGAGUACAAGGGGUUUCACGUAUGGCUAAGAGGCCAGCGUCUUCUGAAGGCUAUCGACAAGGUUUCUUUUUAAACUACUGGCCAGACUGGGAGGUGAAACCCCAUUCUAAGACAACUGGCUAUCAACACAUGAGCUAAUAGUGUAGACUGAAGGCCUAGCCGGCAUUGUCCACAACACAAUGGGCACCUGUCACCCACCACCCCCCUCCCAUUGACUGCAUAACAAAAUGGACAGCCAAUUACAAUCUUUCCCUCCUGGGAAGACCCUCUCCUGGACACUGAGCAGGAGACAACUUGGCACUGCCUAGGCCCAUCUAGCACUUAACCAACAGAGAUGUGUCCAGAGUAAAGCCUAGCUUUUGGAAUCGGGCACCAAUUGGCCAUGACAAAUCAUGAUAGCUCAACAAAUUCCCCAGGAAUUCCCUUUCUUCAACUUGUCUUUUUUCUAUCGGUAAUUCUUGGGAAAACAUGACCUCCACAACUUGUCCCCACCCCACCGCUCUUAUCCUAUCAGUGCUUUGAAUGUGACAAAUUACUGGAACAGUGCAGUGGUCCAAUUGGCAUGAAUUGGGUCAUGGUAUACCAUUUAAUUCUGGUAAGGACUCCAACCAGAUGUUUGGAAUAUAUUACCUUACAUUAACAUUUCUUCCACCUAUAAUGGAAGGGGGAGGAGUCUAUGAGACCUAAAGUCUGCUCCUUUGUCUCCCCAAAAUCUACUCAAUAUCUUUGACUCUGCCCCUUUUCUCACAACUACCCCAAGUAGCAAACAAGCUCUCUGGCCCUGCUCUUCACCAAUGGUGUGCACCUCAAUUUCUCUAAAUUAUUAAGACACACACACACACACACACACACACACACAAGAGGCGGAAUGGACGGUGAAUGGGGAGGUCCUACAAUUGAGGGUGGGCACGGCUAGCCUCUAGAUCACUUGUAUCACACAAGAAAAAAAAGAGAAUUCAAUGAAUUUUGUUACUGCUAGGUUUAAAAGAAAAAAUGAUUUCUAUCUCCAUUGAGUCCUCCUCAAUUUCCAAAACCUGGGUUUAGAACAAAAUUCCAUGUGAGGCUCUCUGAGCCAGAAAAUAAUAGACGUUUAUGCUCUUUACUAUGGGAAUUUUUCAUUUCCUUUUUAAAAAAAAUUUUUAAAGAUGUUACAAUAUGUUUGUAAUAGAAGUGCCUUUUCACAAAAUUUGUCCAACUCUGGGGACAAAGCCCCCAAAGGCACAGUGUAUCUUAACGGCACAAAUUGGGCAGUCUGUCCUUCCUUCCUUCCUUCCUUCCUUCCUUCCACCAGAAGAAAUUCCUUCGCCCUCAAAUCACCUUCUUCCAUAAUAGCAACUCCCAUUUCUUGAGCACCAGGCUGGCCAUGGGACCAAGUCCAGGGUGCUUUAUCACUAUGCCAUGCUGCCCACUUUGCCGUUUUGCCUAGCUAAGUUGGCCCAGUAGGCAGGGGUACUCUGUCAAAGACCAGUAGGCUUGCUUUAAUGGAAUCAUUUAUAAAAGGUUUUCAGCACACUUUUCUUGGACAGAGAAUGGAGUCCUGCUUGAAGAAUGUAUUUAAAGUAGAUUAAGUAAUGCUUAUGUCUUUAAAUAUACUAUUACACUAUCUUUGCUGUUUUCUUCUGUAAACUCAAUAAAGUCUAAUUUCACAUCUC